AAUUUAAUCUUGUACUGUGCUGACAGAUGAGAUAUGUAUCAGCUUUAUCGAUCCAUGGUUAAAAAUCUCUCUCCCCCACUCCCCUCUCUCUCUUCUCUCCCUCUGAGAAAGAAAGAAAAGAAAGAGAGAGAGAGACAUCUCUCAUAAAACUACUUUCUGUUCCCUUCCCUGCAUUUUCUUCACUGACAGAGGAAUACCUGCACACUUCCUCACGCACGCACGCAUACUCAAAACAGAACUACUCACAGAGCGAGAGAAGAGAGAAGAGAGAAGAAGACACACAUCACCCACUUUCUCUCUCUCUCUAGCCACAUGGAUAUGAUAAGGGCUGCAGCAGGGUUGCAGAGAGAGAUCAGAGAAGAAGACAGAGCAGAAACCCAGAAUUAUUAUUAUAAUUUCGCCUUUCUCUGCCACUCGAUUCAUCAAAUCCCCAUAUAAAAUGCCCAAACAACUCUUUCUUCUCUUAUUACCCAUAACACAGAGCUAUGGUGGUGAAUUAAACUUGAAAUUACACUAUCAGAUUUGAGAUAGACUCACUGUUUGUUUCUUUUAUUAUUGUUAUUAUUAAUUUUCAAUGGAAACUUACCACCAUUUUGACAACUCUGAUUCAAACUUGCCUCCUGGGUUUCGAUUCCAUCCAACUGAUGAAGAACUCAUCACUUACUACCUUCUGAAGAAGGUCUUGGACUGUAAUUUCACAGGCAGAGCCAUCACUGAAGUUGAUCUCAACAAAUGCGAGCCAUGGGAGCUUCCUGAGAAAGCGAAGAUGGGGGAGAAAGAGUGGUACUUCUUUAGCUUGAGGGAUAGGAAGUACCCGACUGGGUUGAGGACGAACAGAGCUACAGAAGCUGGGUACUGGAAGGCGACAGGGAAGGACAGAGAGAUUUACAGUUCGAAGGCGGUUCUUGUGGGGAUGAAGAAAACCCUAGUGUUUUACAGAGGGAGAGCUCCCAAGGGAGAGAAGAGUAACUGGGUCAUGCAUGAGUACCGUCUUGAAGGCAAAUUUGCUUACCAUUACCUCUCUCGAAGCUCCAAGGACGAGUGGGUGAUAUCCCGGGUGUUCCAAAAGAGUGCCUCCGGCGGCGGCUCCGCCGUGGCCGGUAGUGGCGGUAAAAAAUCACGUCUCAACACUGGCAUCAACCUCUACCCAGAAGUCAGCUCUCCCACCUCCUCCUCCUCCCUCCCACCACUCCUCGACUCCUCCUCUUCCCCUUACGCCCCCGUGACAGACCGCCAGAGCUGUUCCUACGACUCUAACGCCGCCGCCAAAGAGCACGUGCCCUGUUUCUCCACCGCCAUUGCCGCCACCAACUUUAAUCCCCAUGCCGCCACCAACUUUACUCCCCAUGUACCCUUCGACCUCCCUCCGCCGCCGCCACUCAACACAGUGGUAGACCCCUCCGCUGCACGUUUCACGAGAAACAUUGGUGGCCUCCAGGGUUUCCCUAACUUGAGGUCAUUGCAAGAGAAUCUUCAGCUGCCGUUUUUCUUCUCUCCGGUGGUGCCGCCGACAAUGCACAAUGGCAGCGAUAUGGGUGGUUGUAGCUCUGUCGGGAGCUGGCCGCCUCCGGAGAAUCCGAAGGUGGAGGGUGGUGGUGGUGGAAGGGUGGUGUUGGGUGCCACUGAGCUUGAUUGCAUGUGGAGUUACUAAAUUUUAGGGUUUAUGAUGAUCUAUCUCUCUCUCUAUCUAUUUGUCUAUGGAUAUGGUUAUUAAGGUGUUGAGUUUGUGAUUUUAUGGAGUUUUAUUAGGUGUUGGGGUCGUUAUGGUAUUGUUUUUCUGUCAUUUGAACAACCUUUGUAUUGUUUGUGUUGUUUAAUAUAUUAUAGCU